AAUGAACUACCAAGAGAUGCUCAAGUGCGGCCUUGUGAAUGGUCGUUAGAGGACUUCAUGGUUCAGGCAGGAAUUAAGGAGGAAUUUGAAGCAUAUGUGCGUAACGCUGAUCUUGAGAGCUUCGUGGCAGAUAAGUGCCCUCAGUACUACUACCUAACUGAUUCAUUUGUGAGAAGGUUUAAAUUUACAUCAUCACGCAAUUCUCAAACUGUCCUAUUUGAUCUUUACUAUUUGUUCAUUGCUGGAUAUCUUGGAGUAUUUUGCCUUUAAGCCGUCGCCCCAGUUUAAUGUGCGAGUACACAGGGGACUCAAAAGAUCCUCGAUGGCACACUGAAAUUCAGUUAACGGACGUUGAAAUCACUGAAGCUGUUAAAAAGAUACUGAAUGAAUCGGUGGCUGUCUGCAGCAAAACAGGGCUAAGUCCCUUCUGCGUUUUGAAUAAAUCGCCAGCUAUAAGAAUUUGCCUAACUCCUGUUUGUACCUGAUAUUCUUGACUUUUUCUUAUAACCUUUGUCAAUCUUUUAACAGGGUGACGUCCCAUUUUGGAAGAAGAAACCUUAGGAUAAACCGGCCAAGACCCCUCGUCCCAAGACAAAGGUCGUCAAAAAACCUGCUAAGAAGAAAACAACUGAAUCCACCGGGCUGAACCUCGACGAGGAUCUUUAUAAUCUGGACUCAUAGGAGGACGCUGAAGCUAGCCGGGAUGAAGAUGUAGAGAAAUAGCAGCAUGAAUCUCGCCGCACAACCCGGCACAGUGGCCAUGUAGCUACUUCAGUCGGUUUACCGAACACUCCAACCCGGAAACGUCGAUCGGAGGGAACACCUCAUUCAUCAUCCAGCGAGUCAAUGGCCACACAACUCCCUCCUCUCAAGACUGUUCCUGGAGCCAAGGCCAGGCCUAGCAAAAAGGCCAAAUUGAAUAAACCAACUGAUGAUAAACCGACUGAUGAUAAUCCGGUUGAUGAUAACCCGGAACAGAUCCCAGAACAAUUUGAGCCUAAUGUUGACGCUAUACAUGAUGAUCCGCCACCAGAACAUCAUGAAAGCUUUGCUGAACCGAUGGAAGAGGAUCCCACCGGCCAUGCUACUGACCCGCCAAGCCCGGCUAAAGCUGCAGACAAGCCGCCAAGCCCAGCCAAAGCAGCUAAUGACCAAUCGGAUGAUGUCAUUGUCACCAGCGUCGGCCACACCACCCCUGGCAAUCCUAUCGCUUUAUCAACGCAUAGUGCCAAGGAAGAGUUUUCUGCUAUGGAUAAGGGCAAGUGGAAAAUGGAUUUAUCCAGCUAUGCCCACCUCAACGCCCAAGAGAUUCAUUCUGGCUUCUUAAAUCGCCUGUAUACAAGCCGCGACUAUGAAGCCGGUUUAGUGGGCCUUAUGAUGGAGCGAUAUGAGGCCGAUCUAAGCCAAAAAGUAUCUCAAAUCACCGACCUUCAGGAAAAUAUCAAGUCCCAACAGGCAGAAAUUUCCAAGGCUAAAGAAGAGCUGACUGGCGCUUUAACAGCCAUGGAACAACUGAAAGAAGGCUUUAAAGGCGAACGGGCAGGAUGGGACGCUGAAAAAGCAACUCUGCUAAAGCGGGCGGAGGACGCUGGAACAACUCUUAAACCGGUAGCAGAAGAAUUGACUGGCUUGAAGCAGCAAAUCAAUGCCAUGACCACUGCUGUGUUUGGAUCUCGCAUUACCCACCUGGGCUCUGAUAUGCAGAAGAAGUUGAAGGCUGCCUAUACUCUUAUAGAGCAGUUAUAUACCGGCGCACAACGGAUCAUUUGCACUGCCGCUCAUAACAAACCACCCCCAAACCUGAUCAAGGAAACGUUAGAAAAGUUGUCAAUGCUGCCUGCCCAGUUGGACGAGUUAAAAAGAUCAGCUGCAAGGGUGGGUGCUCUGACUGCGCUAAUCCGGGCUAAUGCCUGGAUACCAGAUCUUGACUCGGCCGAUAUAGGACGCAGCUAUCCGAGCAUAAAGGAAGAUGGGUUAGAGUUUGAUAAUGAUGAUCUUCGAGCUUUGACAAAGGAAAUGCGCCCAUUAGCGAGCAAACUGGCCGAAGAAACAGAUCUCUCUCACUAUCAGCCGGUUUAUGAUGUUGACAACAAAUGACUUGUUGCACCAACUCAUGAUGUGGAGAAUCUUAUCCCACCAAUCCGUAAGCAUACCUACGCUCCUGAUGUUGACCCCUCCACCCUUAUAAGCGACGAAGCUGUAUUCAAGGCCCUAACUGGAAUCGACUGGACCACCAUUGAUUUCCAGCCGCUGGGUGGAGAGGAGGAGGGUGAACCGGUGCAGGAUGAUUGAUGACCCACAAGUAUAGGGGAUCUAUCAUAGUCCUUUCGAUAAGUAAGAGUGUCGAACCCAACGAGGAGCAGAAGGAAAUGAUAAGCGGUUUCCAGCAA